CAAACAACCAUGACGACCCUAUCUUCCACCCAUCUUUGCUCUUUUCCUGAGGAGACCAUCGACAGAAUAUGCCAGCAGCUCUGUCCCUGCUGCAGCGAAGACCCUUUUCCUCGAUACUUCCUUCGCUCCAAAUGGCCGAACCCGGCUCGUGACAGAAAUUGCCUGUUGGCCUUAUCUCUGACAUGCCAGAAACUUAGGCGUAUCUCCCAACCGCACUUGUAUCAUCGACCGAUGGGACACGACUUCCUUGGUUUCAUCAACACCAUCGAUGGAACCCCAGCUCUUGGUAAACUUGUCAAGGAACUCUAUGUGAACGCCGACGUAAUGGAGUCUUUGCGUGUUCGGUAUCUCGACCAAUUCCUUCAUAGAACAGAAUAUUCCAGAGCAAGGCGGCAGUUACUCCUCGAGGCCUCGGAUUCCUUCAUGCCCGUUCUUCUCUCUUUAACACCAAUGCUCACCAAGCUUGAGGUGUAUUUCGAGUGUGACCAGCAAUUCUCGUCGACCCCGGGCGCUUAACUCCAGCUACCUUGAAGGCAUGGACGGCGUGGCUGGCCUACUGCGCGCAGCACCUCUACUGGAAAGAAUGCAACUAUCCGAAUUCGGCACUCCAAGGGCAGGUUUUUAUCACGGCAAUGUCAACGAAAUUACAUUGAGAUCAUCCUUACUUCCCAUCGAUGAGAUGAAGACCAUCAUGCGUAGAUUCCCAAAACUACAAACUUUUCGGAUCAGUACACCAGCUUUUUGGCGGAACAUAGGUCGGAGAUUAGGUCCAGCGUACAAGGUUGAGGAUGUCCUGAUGCUGAGAAGCGAUACGCUCAAACACGUCGCACUCGAGCUUCCUGAGCAUGGCAUCGAUGGUGAACUAGUAAUCCAAGAUCUCUCAGGCAUGAAAGUCCUUGAGACACUGUACAUCGACAGCGGCAUGCUGCAUCGCCGAUGGAAGCAGGGCCGUCAGCCUGCACCAAGGAUUUGCCACAUGCUCCCAAAAUCUAUCAAGGAGUUCGGUCUCAUGGGGAGCGCAUAUCCGCUGGUUCAUGAAGAGGUUGUGGAGUCAAUCAACAUUUCAGCCCAGGCAUUUCCUCACCUGAAAAAGGUGUUUGUUGGGCAGUUUCAGGAACAAUGGCCAGAUGACGGGGUUGAAUGGGAAAGCAGGUAUGCCUCGGCUUGUGAAGCUCACAACAUUGAACUUUCAUUGUGGCUGCCUCCAAGCUUACAGGAUCUCAUGUCCAAGUGGACGAAUUGGAAUCCAAUUUGAGGAGGUGCUGGGCAACACUGGUUUAUUUCCGAGGAUUGAGGUUUACAACUGUAUUCGAAACUCGUUCGACUGGUAUCGUUUGAACAGAAGAUACUCUAUACCAAGAGAUUGUCCAUGACCUUGCAGAACUUAGAAUUAGACAACAAAUUAAGCAUGUAAUUCACU